UUGGUUAAAACGUAAUGUAUGGGUUUUUGAUAAAAAAGAGAAGAGGGAGGCUGACAUUCUUCAUAAGACAAUGUGCUUGGUGGGAGAGUUUGAAGAAGCUAAUGUGAAGGCUGCUGUGGUGACGCAAGUGCAGCAUUUCAGUUCAAGUUGGAAGGCUCCUGCUGCUGGUCUGUAUAAGCUGAAUACAGACGCAGCCUUCCAGGGUCAUUUGCUGGGAAUUGGUGGGAUCUUGGGGAUGAGGAGGGGGCUGCUGUGGUAGUCUUCUGUUCGACAGAGCUUGGGAAGGUAGAUGUUGCUGUUGGUGAAGCGAUUGCUAUGAGAUCAAGCCUUAAGAUAGCCAUGGAAGCGGGCUUCAGGAAUUUCAUUCUAGAAACUGAUAACAUUUAGUUGUUCCACCAUAUGAAGAAGGGCUCCAUAUCUCCUUGUUCUUUUGGAAAUUUGGUGAGGGAUAUUCUGCUGCUUGCUAGUAGCUGUCAGAGUUGUGUUUUUUCAUUUGUUAGAAGGUCGGGUAAUAUUGUUGCCCAUAGCUUAGCAAAGUUGAGUUUCAAUUUUAGUGAAUAUCGUGUUUGGCUUGAAGAGUUACCCACCUGAAAUUCAGGGGGCUUUAUGUGAUUGUAUUGAACACUUGGUGAUUUAAUAAUAUGUGCUAAGCUGCGGUUUUCGUCAAAAAAUUUGAUGAAUUUUUCUCUCCAUAAUUUACAAUACCGUUUUUUCUGUUAUAUAUACACUUCCUAAAAAAUCCCCUGUUUUUACCAACAAGAAUGGAUCAAAACGCAGCCCCCACUUCGAAAAACCAGACGAACUAAAAGAAAUUACUGAUGCUGCAUUGAUUCUUCUAUCUCUCAAGCACACAAAACUCGACCAAAAUCAAUUCCUGAUUAUCAAAUCCCACCUCGACAAAACCGGCUUCUUCGUGCUCCAAAUAGUCAUAACAAAUCACCCCAACAAGUCAUGAAUGGUUUGAAAUGGUGGGUAAAACCUUCGAAAUUUGUGAGACCUCUACAAACCAACACUUUCAAUCAAAUUAAAACCAAACCAAUCAUCGAAAAAGUAAAUUCAUCUUCUACUCAAAUCCUAAAACAAUUGGGCAUUUCAUUGCAUUCAAAUGUCACAAACCUCAAACAAGUCUCAGAGAACUACAUCUCUCUCAUCCAAAAUUCAAAAUCUACAGAAGAAAUUAGAAACAUUCAUACCCAUAUGAGAAAUCAUGGCUUUCCUUACCUAAGAUUAGGCAAUAAGCUCAUGAAUGCGUAUUUAAAACUUGGCAACCUUGUUUAUGCACACCAACUGUUCGACGAAUUGCCUCAGAGACAUGUAGUUGCUUGGAAUGCCAUGAUUUCUUGCUAUAUUAGGCAUAAGAGGAGUCCUGAAGCCGUGGGUUUGUAUAAACGGAUGGCGUUUGAGGGAGUUUGUCCGGAUGAUUUUACAUUGUCCUGUGUUUUGAAAGCGUUUUCUGAUCUGGGUCUUGUUUGUGAUGGCCAGAAAGCUCAUGGGAAAGCGGUUGUUUUGGGGUUGGAGGUUUCGAAUGUGUUUGUUGGAAGUGCCCUUGUUGAUAUGUAUGCCAAGCUUGGUCAAAUGAGGAAUGCUCACUUGGUAGCGGAUCGAGUUGUGGAGAAAGAUGUGAUCUUGUUUACUACUUUAGUUGUUGGCUAUGUUCAAAAUGGGGAAGAUUGUGAAGCAAUGAAGGCUUUUAAUCAGAUGAUUAAGGAAGGAGUUAAGGCGAAUGAGUACACUUUUACGAGCUUAUUGGUGAGUUGUGGUAACUUGAAGCAUUCAUGUCUUGGCAUGUUAAUACAUGGGUUUAUAAUCAAAUGUGGUCAUGAGUUUGGAGUUUCUCCGCAGACUUCACUUCUGACUAUGUACUCGAAAUGUGGCAGGGUUGAUGAUGCACUUAAGGUUUUUGAGCAUCUUGUUAACCCAAACUUGGUGACUUGGACAUCCCUUAUUGUUGGUCUUUCGCAGAAUGGUAGAGAGGAAGUUGCCCUAUCCAAAUUUUGUCAAAUGAUGCGCAGCUCUGUACUUCCAAACUGUUUUACCAUGUCUGGGGCUCUUGUUGCAUGCUCCAACCUUGCAACACUUGAUCAAGGGAAACAAAUCCACACCAUUAUACUAAAAUUAGGCUUACACUUAAAUAAGUUUAUUGGUGCUGCUCUGAUUGAUUUCUAUGGGAGGUGUGGUUGUGUGGAACUUGCUAAGCUGGUUUAUGAUGGCUUGUUGGACCUUGAUUUGGUGCUUGUGAACACAAUGAUGUAUGCUUAUGCUCAGAAUGGUUUUGAACACAAAACACUUGAGCUUUUUCAGCAAAUGAAUGACUUGGGGCUUGAACCCAAUGACGUAACCCUCGUUAGUGUUCUGUUAGCAUGCGACAAUGCAGGGCUGGUUGAUGAAGGCCGUCACAUCUUUGACUCUUUUUUUGGCUAUCAUAAUAUUCAGAUAACUAAAGAACACUAUGCUUGCAUGGUAGAUAUUUAUGGACGUGCUGGAAGACUUCAGGAGGCAGAAGCACUAAUAAAUCAAGCUGAUAACCCAGAUAUUGUUUUGUGGAGGACUCUGCUGAGUGCGUGUAGACUCCAUGGAGACAUUACCAUGGCAGGGAGGAUAUUAAAUAAAGUAAUCGAGAUAUCUCCUAAAGACGAGGUAAGCUUAGUUCUAUCCUCCAAUCUUUAUGCAUCAAAAGGUGACUGGAAUCAGGUUGUUGGCAUAAAGUCUUUAAUCAGGGAGAAUAGACUGAAAAAGAGUCCUGCUAUGAGCUGGGUGAUCAUAGGCGGAGAGGUUUACAUUUUCAUGGCAGGGAAUUGCUCCGAACCAAGUUUUAAAGAAAUAGAUUAUAUAAUAAAGGAACUGAUGAAGAAAGUUAAGGAGUUGGGGUAUGUUCCAGCUACUGAGUUUGUGCUACAGAACCUGGAUGAGAAGGAGAAGGAGCGGUCCUUGUACUAUCACAGUGAGAAACUAGCCAUAGCCUUUUCCCUAUGGAAGACCUCUGAAAAAACCAGCUGCAUUAGGAUUUACAAAAAUUUGAAAGUUUGUGGGGAUUGCCAUGCUUGGAUAAAGUUAGUUACAAAAGUAGUCGGGAGAGAGAUAAUUGCCAGAGAUACCAAGAGAUUUCACCAUUUUAAGGAUGGGGUUUGCUCUUGCAAAGAUUAUUGGUGAUCUAAUCAUGACAAAAUUGGUAAGUGAAGGUAGCAAAGUGCUAUGUUGUCUCACAAAUUGAUUUAACACCUUGUUACAUCAGCCCACUGCUAAUUGAUCUACCCUAGCUAGGUCUUGUGGUGCUGCAUGAAGUUCAGUUAACCAUUAUAUGUUUUUGGGAAAGGGCUCCAAAUAAAGAGGUAUGGUAUGCAGUUCUCUAUAUUAUGGUCCCUCUAUGCUGUAUUAAUUUUUUUAGUGUACUUUUAAGUGUCAUUACUGACUAUGUGUGGCUUUUCUGUUCUCAACUAGUGACCUUAGAGGGCUUUUGAAAUUAGCCUGUCAACCUACUUAUAUUUUCAGGGGAGCAAGAAUGGAGAAUUAUUGUGUUCAUGUUUGAUUUCUGUUUAAAAGGAUAGUGAGGAACUGGAGUUUCAAUUCCAAACAGUGUCUGUGUGGGUAAUCAAUACAAUACAUGUCUUGUUUAUGCUACAAGGGCACAUCGGCAAAGGCAAACGUGGUAAACAAUCAAAAUUGGCCACAAUAUUCUCAAG